AUGGGCGUGGGUCGUGGGUGUGUGUGUGGCCCCAUUGAUGAUGCGCUGUCCGAGCGGGAGGGCAGAGCGAGGCAGAGCGAGGGCAGCGGGCGGCGACACUGCUGUGACGGGAUUGGGCGAGUGCCAAAUUCACACAGUCACAAGGCUGAUGAAACGGCCAGCGGUAACGCAAAGCUCAUGCACACGCCAGGAGCCACCCCUUUCCUGCUCAUCAGCCCAACGCCUCUUUCACCGCUUGGCCCGUGCCCCCAUCAUUACACACUCUGCCAAAGCACAGAGCUGACCGACAUUUUAGGCCUCUGCAAUCUGAGCACAAGCAUAAAUACUUUGCGCCCCCACUUCCCUUGGUUACUAUCCAUCCAAUCAUCUCGCCAACCACUCUACCAACUCUACCAAACACUCACCCACCACCACCAAACACACACAAUGGCCGCUACCCUCUGCAACGACAUCAUGGCUCCCCAGAACCUUCCUCCAUGCCCCGGCCCACCACCAACCGGCCCUCUGCCAGCCAUCCCCACAAAGAAGAACUGA